AUGAAUAGAUUCAUCACAUUAAGGCUUUUAUCCACUAAAGCAGAAAGAUUUGUCCCGAAAACUGGUGUCUACCCCAAGGGGUACAUUGUGGGUGGGAUCCAUUGCGGUGUCAAAAAGGACGGAAAAUCUUUAGACUUGGCUAUUGUUCACAACACUUUUGGCAAAAACGCAUCGGCUGCAGCUGUAUUUACCAAAAACAAGUUCAAAGCUGCUCCUGUACAAGUAUCUCAGCAAAUCAUAAAGGAAACCAAAGGGGCAGGAAUCAACUCCAUUGUUGUAAAUAGUGGUAAUGCUAACGCAGUAACUGGAGCACAAGGUAUGAAAGAUGCAAAAGACAUGACGUUGGUGACAGAUUCAGUACUUGGCAAUAAACCCAGCUCUACGUUAGUCAUGUCAACUGGUGUAAUAGGAAACAACUUGCCCAUUGACAAAAUUUUAUCUGGUAUACCGAAACUAGCCUUGAGCCAUUUGGGGAAUACUCAUCAAGACUGGACCAAUUGUGCUACUGCUAUUUGCACCACUGAUACAUUUCCAAAGCUUCUCAGUAAACAAUUCACAAUCGACAACGACACUUACACCUUAGCCGGAUUAUGUAAAGGUGCUGGUAUGAUUUGUCCGAAUAUGGCCACCUUAUUAGGCUUUUUUGUCACCGAUGCACCAGUUUCACCUUCAGCUUUACAACUGAUUCUUAAGCAUUCGGUUGACAGAUCAUUCAAUAGUAUUACUGUGGACGGGGAUAUGUCCACCAAUGACACAAUCGCAGCCAUUGCCAACGGUGCAGCUGGUGGUGAAUUGAUUAACCUUAACGCUUCUUCUGGUGAUAGAUUUCUUGCUAUACAAAAAGAGAUUACAGAAUUUGCCCAACAAUUGGCACAAUUAGUCGUCAGAGACGGAGAAGGUGCAACUAAAUUUAUCACCAUUAAAGUCAAGGACAGUUUAUCAUAUGACGACGCAAAGUCAAUCGCAUCAAGCGUGGCAAACUCUUCACUUUUCAAGACUGCGAUGUACGGCAAAGAUGCGAAUUGGGGUCGCAUACUAUGUGCAAUUGGAUAUGCGCAAGUUUCAAGUGGUGAUUCAGUCUUACCUUCCAAAACAAGCGUCAAGUUCGUGCCAGUAGAUGGAAGCAGCAGUUUGGACUUGCUAGUCAAUGGAGAGCCAGAGAAAGUAGACGAGGAAAGAGCAUCAAAGAUAUUGGAAGAUGAAGACCUCGUGAUAGAGAUUGACUUGGGCACUGGUGGAGGGCAAAGUGCCGAUUUUUGGACAUGUGAUUUAUCUCAUGAGUAUGUUACUAUAAAUGGUGACUACAGAUCAUAG